AUUCGGGGGCUGGAGCUAGGAACGUCGACGUCGGCUCCUGAGCCGGGCGCAGUCUCACUCCCAAUUGGCUGGGCCUCUGGGCCGCCCUUCUCCGCGCGCCACCCCUGGGUUCCCUUCCCGGCCCUCAGUAGAAAUACUGCCCUCUCCGUUUUUGACCCCGGUCCUUCCUCCCCUUCUUCCCUCUCUCCUGCAGCCGCUGUCGCUUCAGGCGCCCCUGCUCCCGGAGGAGCUCCCGGCUUAGUGAUGGGGUCCCGGGCCUCCACGUUACUGCGGGACGAAGAGCUCGAGGAGAUCAAGAAGGAGACUGGCUUUUCCCACAGUCAGAUCACCCGCCUCUACAGCCGGUUCACCAGCCUGGACAAAGGAGAGAAUGGGACUCUCAGCCGGGAAGAUUUCCAGCGGAUUCCAGAACUUGCCAUCAACCCAUUAGGGGACCGGAUCAUCAAUGCUUUCUUUCCAGAAGGAGAGGACCAGGUAAACUUCCGUGGCUUCAUGAGAACUUUGGCUCAUUUCCGACCCAUUGAGGAUAAUGAAAAGAGCAAAGAUAUGAAUGGACCAGAACCACUCAAUAGCCGAAGCAACAAACUGCACUUUGCUUUUCGACUGUAUGACUUGGAUAAAGAUGACAAGAUCUCCCGUGACGAGCUGUUACAGGUGCUACGCAUGAUGGUUGGGGUGAAUAUCUCAGAUGAGCAGCUGGGCAGCAUCGCAGACAGGACCAUCCAGGAGGCUGACCAGGAUGGGGACAGCGCCAUCUCUUUCACGGAAUUUGUUAAGGUUUUAGAGAAGGUGGAUGUAGAACAGAAAAUGAGCAUCCGAUUUCUUCACUGAAGGACUGAGACCAAACUGUUCCUUGCUUUCUAGUAUUUAAGAACUGGAACUUGAAAGUCCUCCUUUCCACCAGCCCCACCUCCACUCCAUCGUUCCCCUUCUCCAGAGUACUGCUGCUGUUGCAUGACACCCCCAAGUAUGUUCCAUCAACACAAACCUGCCUUUGGUGUAUAAACAGGGCAUUACAGAAUGGUACACCCAGUUUCUUUCUGUCAGUAUCAUUCGCUGGAACUCUCCAUUUCUAAAUAUCAUCUCCCCCUGUUCUGCUGCUGAAUGCCAUGUGUCCAUCCAGUCUGAGAAAGUGAGAGGGAUUCCUGCCAAGAACCAGCCAGCCAAGCUCUUUGACUGGAUGUGGGCUGUAGCCAGGCUUCCUUCCCUCCAGCUAGGCUUUGGCAUGCUCCUUUACCCUUUUUUAUACAUCCUUUGCUUCCUACUUCUUGCUCACUUCACACACUAUUCACUUAAAUCUUCCCUUAAUCUCUCACUCUUCCCUGCUUUUUUAUUUAGCUUCCCGUCCCCUCUAUUCUACUUGGCAUCCCAAGCUGGUGUCUUUCUGACUUGGCAGUUUAUAUCAGUGGUCCGGCAGUUUUUAAUCUACCUUCACUCUUAAAUGGGUCUCUGGGAUGUUGCCUCUCCAGGAGCUUUUCAGUGACCAACACUUCGCUCUGAAGAAUGUAACCAUCUCUUGGUCCCCUGCAUUCUGCUCUGUCAUCAAAGGGCUGUUGGUUGGAGGUGUUCUUGAAAGGUGGUGGCCUUGGUAAGAGGUAUAGAGGCAGGUCUUCUAGGUGGCUUUCCCAGGUCACUCUACUUCUGGCCUCUGAUUUCUCAACAUACACACCUACAUGGCUGUCUUCUUAGUACAGUGUGGACUCUCCAGAAAUUAGCUGUAUGCCUGCAGGCUUGCUUUGCUUGGGGAUGCUGUCACCACUAGAAUGGCUGACAGUAUGCUGUGGGACUUCUCAUGGCUUUUUGAACAAGGAGGCUGGGCACCCUCAAAGUCUUAUGUAUUCCCACCUCUGCAGUAUGGUUCAUGCCUCAGUGUUACGUGCCCUGGAAUGUUUUUCACGUCUCAUUUUCAAGUAGAAAGAUUAGUGUUAUGGAAGUGCCUAACUUAUCCCAGUCCACAGGAUUUAAAGAUUUUCUUCAGUGUCUUGAAGUUUUGCACAAAAUUCUCUAUGAAUUUUACAUCUGGAAAAAGUCAAUGCUGGAAGCCAUAGUCAGCUCCUAAUACAGGUGCAAAGCAUUGAAUGUAUUAUAUCAUUAGCUGCCUGGUAACAUUGACUUCCCAGCUCCUCUCAAAGACCACUGCUGAUCCCUUAGGAACAAGGGGCACUAGUGGCACAACAUGAGGUGGCAUUACAGGCCUUUGCAUGAACUAGAAGAACUUCUCUGCCUAAGUCAGCUUAAUAGACCUCAUUGAAUCAGGCUGUUGUCAUCCUUACAUCGUCUUUAUGAGUCUCUUCAUCCAUUUAUCUGUCCUUGGCUGCUUUUCUCUGACUCGUUGCCUGCUUGCUUGUUUCCUUGCUUUGGAAGGGUACCCAAGAUGUAUACAUAAUAUUUUAGGAAGGGAAUUGCUUACAAAAAAAAUACCACUACAAAUUGGAAAGAGUGGGGAAGAAAGAGUGGCCAGCCUGGAUGACUCAAGUAAAAAUGACUGAGGAAUUCGUGGUGAAGUAUCAGUCUGACUUUGUGAUCAAGUGAUGUAAUAUAGGAAUUGUAUAAAAGGGACAAAUUGUCUGACACUGAUCUGUUAGAGAGGUACUUCAGAGGCUCCUUGACCUGCAUAUUUAAAGUUCCCAAGAGUAUGGCUUUUUCCUCCUCCUGGCUGUAUAGCAAACUGUUUUAAUCCACGGUUGUGCCUUAUUGUUCCAUCAAAAUUGUAUUCUUCAAUCCAUCAAUAAAUACUUGUGGUUAAAACAAAA